AUACAAAUGUAUGAUAGAUUAGAUUACAUUCAUUUAUUUAAUAAAUGAAGUCAUUAAUCUCGUUGAGUGAUCAAUUCACAAUUGGCGAAAAAUGCUUUAGCUAACUCUUAAAUACGAUUCUCGCAAAUUCAAGAUAGUUCGAUGAUCGUUUAAAAAUAACUGUCCAUAAAUAUACCAUGCUUGUACAGCAACUUAUGUUACAUCUUAUUUCAAAUGCGUAUUCUAAUUUAAGAACAACCGAAUUUGUAUUGGUGAAUUAAUGUAAUUGUGUUUAUAGGUGCUAUUACAUCACGAUCGAUACAUUUACCGUUACUAAACUUAUUAAUAUAUGAAUACGUAUACUAACCGAAAAGAAUAUUUAACAUAAUCAGAAUGUUGGCUAAGGAGAUUAUCUAUAAUUCGAACAAUGACUUGAUAAUGCAGGUACUUUCUCGAAUCUUCUCUCUCCGUGUGGAACUUUCCUUCAAUGACAGUAUCAACGAAGCAAGGAUAAUACUGCAAUUAUGGUCAAAACCGUAGACUUCGAACAAAUCUGAAAUUUGUCAAUUUGUUUGUCUCGUUUCCUAUUUUGAACAUUUUCUAAAGAAACGCGACAAACGUAUUCGUAAACUUUAGAUUUCGAAGCCUAGGGUCUUGUCCAUUGCUAGGACCCCAUAAAUUCGAGAAAGUUCGCCAUCAUUCCUUUUUUCGAUGUUGGCAUUCUUUAUUAGCUGGACGAAUUUGGCGGGAAGACUGCAAUGAAAACACAGAAAAACUUCCACAAUACAAUGCACAACUUCUGUUCCAAAUGCAAAAUCCGUAUUCUUUGGAACAUAAAAACAUCAUCGAAUAUGAACGCUCCAGGAAAAAUUAAGAAAUUAGAUAGCACCGUGGUGAAUCGAAUUGCAGCUGGCGAAGUAAUUCAAAGGCCAGCAAAUGCAUUAAAAGAAUUAAUCGAGAACAGUCUUGAUGCAAAAGCAACUAAUAUCCAGAUUAUCGCUAAAGAGGGAGGAUUAAAACUAUUGCAGAUCCAGGACAAUGGUACAGGGAUCAGGAAGGAUGACAUGGAAAUUGUUUGCGAACGAUUUACCACAAGCAAAUUACAAACAUUUGAGGAUCUACAAACGAUAUCAACUUUUGGAUUUCGUGGUGAAGCCUUAUCAAGCAUCAGUCACGUAGCACUUUUGACUAUCACAACAAAAACAGCUGAUGAAAAAUGUGCAUACAAAGCAUCAUACAUUGACAGUAAACUAAAAGAACCUCCUAAAGCAUGUGCUGGAAAUCAAGGUACUACUAUAAUGAUCGAGAAUUUAUUUUACAAUGUUGCAACACGAAGAAAGGCCUUGUCAAAUGUACCAGAGGAAUUCAACAAAAUUACAGAUGUAGUCACAAAAUAUGCAGUACAUAACCCAACUGUAGGAUUUGUAUUGAAAAAACAUGGAGAAAUAACACCUCAAGUGCGUACACCACAUAAUUCUACAAAAAUGAAUAAUGCAAGAAUACUUUAUGGCAAUCCUGUCUCCCGUGAAUUAUUGGAAGUGGAACUUACAGAUGAUGCCUAUAAAUUUAAGAUGCAUGCCUUAAUAACAAAUCCCAAUUACACGAAUAAAAGAAUGAUAUUUCUUUUAUUUAUUAAUAAUCGAUUGGUAGAAUCUUCUUCAAUUCGUAAAAUGUUAGAAGAGCUUUAUACUUUUUAUCUUCCAAAAAAGACCCAUCCAUGGUGCUACAUAUCAUUGGAAAUUGAUCCACGAAAUGUUGAUGUCAAUGUACACCCAACAAAACACGAAGUGAAAUUUCUUCACGAAAAUUCAAUCAUUGAAAGAAUGAAGUUUGCCCUGGAUGACAAAUUGUCUGGAAACAGUGCUUCUAGAACAUUUUAUGUACAAGCACGUUUACCUAAGGCAGAUAUUACUAAAGAAGUUCUAAAAGAAGUUCUACCAGAAUAUGAGAAGGACAGCAGCGAUAAAACGAAAAAGGUGCGACCUCAAGAUAUGAUCAGAACUGAUGCAUCUGAUCAGAAAUUGGACAAAUUUAACUUCACUAUUCAGACACCAAUAAAACGUACUAGAGACGAAAGUAAUGCCGAAUCCGAUAAACGUAUAAAUACUUCCGUAUCCAACGAAUCGAAAUUAAAUGAAGUAGAUACCGAUAAAAGAGAUCACGCUAAUGAUAUCUGUGAUGAACAAAAAGUAGAUGAAUCAAACUUUGAUGUAGCAAAAGUACAAAAAACAAGUACGCCAUGGAGUAGUAUUGUAAAUGAUAUCAGUCCUGCUACAUCAUCAAAAGUAAUAGUACCUGAUACUUGUGAUAUAGUUACACUUGCUGAACAUGACAAAGAGAAUAAGACUGAAUUAUCGGUUGUACAAGAAUAUUUUCAAAUUUCACUUAGCGAAUUUGAAGAAAGUACAAUGGAUGAUUUUACAGAAGAAAAAUGUAUCGACACUGUCGCCGAAAAAGCACGGAAACAAGUGCAUCAAUAUUUUGGAAGUAAGAGUACCGCGAUAGAAAAAGAGCCUGCCGAAAAAAGUAGUCCUCCUAAGGAAGAAACAAAAGUUAAUGAUAAGAAUGAUAAAAAUAAUAAGUCGAAUGAUGAUACAACUAAUGUACCUAUAUCGACAGACACCAAUGACAAUAAAAACGAUAACGAUGACAGUAAAGAAUUUAAAUCCUACUCAAUAAACAAUUUUAGGAGAGAAGUAAAAUUAACAAGUGUUUUAAGAUUACGUAAAGAGGUAGAAGACGAGUGCCAUGAAGGGUUGAAAGAAAUUUUAUCAAAUCUAACUUUUGUCGGCUGUAUAGAUCAAUCUUCUGCUCUUAUUCAGAGUGGAGUUAAUUUAUAUCUUUGCAAUACUACGAAAUUGGCGGAAGAGCUGUUUUACGAAAUUAUGCUUUAUGAUUUUGCCAACUAUGGUGUCAUCAAAUUUUCAGAGCCAAUCCCUUUAAAUGAUUUAGCCAUGUUAGGAUUAGACACAGAGGAAGCUAUGUGGACAGAAGAAGAUGGAGAUAAAGGGGAAUUAGCAUCAAGUGCUGCAGAAUUAUUAUUAGAAAAGGCAGACAUGUUGAAGGAAUAUUUUUCUAUUGUUAUAGAUAAGAAGGGAAAAUUAAACUCUUUACCAGUAUUAUUAGAAAAAUAUUUUCCAUGUGAAGCUGGUCUUCCUCUAUAUAUACUACGUUUAGCUACCGAGGUUAAAUGGUCAUCAGAAAAACCAUGUUUUCAAAAUAUUUGCAGAGAAACUGCAAAAUAUUAUAGUCAAAUGAAUCCUACACAUAAUACUCAUGACUGGAAGUAUAUUACAGAACAUGUUUUAUAUUCUGCAAUUAAAGAAAGUUUACUUCCCCCUAAGCAUUUUAGUCACGACUCAACGAUAUUACAAAUAGCCAGCUUGCCUGAUUUGUACAAAGUUUUUGAAAGGUGUUAGAUAUAUUUGAUAAGUAGAUUUUUAUCGAAAUUGAGUGAAAUGAACUUAUUAUAUAUUCAUACUAGUAGGCCUGUAAGAUGGUGGUUCCCAUUAA